AAAAUAUCACUCCCGCCAACUAAUCCAUCGGCGGUGAUGGCUUCUUCUUCAGAUCCUCGCAAUCCUCCUCCUACAAAUCCAUCGAAAACCCUAACUCCACCUACUCUUCCAUCUCCACUUCCUACUGCUACAACACCCUUUAAUCCAUCUCCUGCGGCUUUCAGACCGCAACCCCAUCCUGUAAUGGCUACAAGACCCUCAAAUCCUCAAUUUCAUCCUUCUCAACAAGUAAUAGUUGGCCCAGUUAUGACUUCCGGUGGAGCUUACAUCCCUAGAAACAUUAGACCACCACCACAACAAUUCGUUUCUGGCGGUGGGGGUUUUCAAUCUCAUCCGAUUCUUCAUCCAUUUCCUCAUAAUAAUCAGCUUAGGGGUUAUGCUUUUGACACACGUCAACAUCACAUUCACAUGAUGAGACCGCCUUCUUUACAGCAUCCUCAUCUUGGAUCUCGUCCCAAUCCUGCUGGUCUUGUAAGGAAUAUCCCUUCUGCUGCAAUUCCUCAUCCAAAGACUGCUUCAUUUCCUUCAAAGUCACCUGAUUAUGACGGCUUGAAGAGGGAUAAAAAUAGAGAUGAUAAAUGUGUUACUAUUAAUGAUCGGAAAAUUCGGUUAGCCGAUGGUGCUUCUCUCUACGCACUUUGUAGGUCAUGGGUGCACAAUGGAUUUCCUCAAGAAAGUCAGACACAAAUCAUUGGUGGGAUAAAGCCACUUCCACGACCCAAGCCUUCGGCACCAGGAAACACCAAUGUGCGUAAAAGGAAGGAAAAUUUCGGUGAAGAUGAGGAAGAAGUAGAGGAUGAAGCCGCUGUGCAGCAUUUGUCUUCCCAUGACUUGUUACAGAAACACAUAAAGCGUGCUAAAAGGGUUCGUGCACGAUUAAGAGAAGAACGAAAAGAACGGAUUGAGCGUUAUAAAGACAGACUUGUUCAUCUCCUUCCUUCACCGGUUGAGGAGUUUAGACAUGAUACAGCCCCUGGAGGCUAAUACCAAAUUUGUUUUAUCAUCCGCACCGCACAUCCAGCUUGUAGAUAUGUUAACCACGGAAGAUUAGAUCAAGCCCAAGAAUCUCUGUUAUCAUCCUCGUGAGUGUCUAGCUUCUAGAUAUGUUUACGCAUGUCAAAAUCCCUGAAGAUUUAGAUCAAGUCGAAGACGUUGCUACCCAAACCCAAGUUUUCUUGAAAUUCACAGGUUUGUCGGGGGAUCCAAUGUAAACAUAUCACACACAUGUUAGUAUAUCUUCAUUGGAAUACUUGUACUCGUAGAUCCUUUGUAGGAGUAAAAAAGUUGUUGUCUAGUUCAUCUGAAUUACAUAAUGUCCAUGAAUUUAUGCAGCUGUUGCUUGUUUAAACCUUGUGUAGCUUUUGUUUUCUUGCCGCAUUUUAUAACUAGGGGUGCACUUACUAUUUGUUUAACAUGAGUGAUGGUCUUACGAGUAGUAUAAAUAACAAAGUUCUUUGUUUCCA